GGCUGCACCGGAGCGGCGGGCACCGCCAGCCCGCUGGGGACGUGGCACAUGGCGGAUUCUUUCUGUCCGCGAAGGCGCGUAAAAUGGCUCCUCGUCCCGCUCCGGGCUCCACACUCACUGCUCUGGGUAGCUCACGGCUUCCAUUAUCGGACACGCUGUAAAGCUAACUCCGUUAGCUUCGCUCACUUUCCGACUGAAUAAACCAGGUUAGCCUGAAGAGAUGCAGCCAUCCCAUAAUACCAGUUACGGUUAAACCCGGAUAGCACGCGGGCUGAGAUCUUCAUUCAGUUUGGUUUCAAACAUGUUCACGAUGUUAGCGCCCAAAACAAACGGCACUCUGGUUCCAUUACCGGACAUGCGUUCAGUGUGUCUGCUGAUCCAGGAUCAGUCAGAAGUGAUCGAUCUGAAGUUCACUAUUUUAAACAUUACACACAUUGUUUUAUUUGACCAUCACAGAUACAUCGACUGAUUCUUGACCAAUCAAUCAGCUGAUUGACAGUUUGAUGAGUUCAGAGCGUGAAUCGUAUUCUGUAAGAUGUAAAAUCAUUAACAUGUAAAAACACGUUCACUGGUUUUACUGCUUCUAUAAUCUAUUUCAUUAUUGAUUAUUUGUGAUGCGUUUGUCAGUAAAUAGCUUUUUGUAAACUUAUUAAACAAAUUUAGAUUUUGACAAACUCAACUGAAUGGAUUUGAUAUUUGGACAAAACCAAAACGAUCCUAAAGUAAAGUGUUAAAUGUUACUGAUACUACUACUAAUGUAAUAUUAAUCGUAUUCGAUGCAUCAGCUGUUUAAGAAAAGCCCAGUUCUAUUCAAAUCAAAGAAUCAGGAGCUGAAGAGAAUAACAAGAGGAUUUGAAUGUUUUGUGAUUAAAAACUAAACCUAAUUUUUCUUCUAUCUGAAAAAGUUUAUUACAUUUUUUCUAAUAAUGUGAAGAAAUUGUGAUUUUCAUCAAACAUCUGAGUACGAAGCAGGAACAGAAAGAAAUGAAUGUUGGAACCGGGAUCGUUGUGAAAUAACACGUUUCAGCAUCGUGCUCUGAUCUUAAUGAACAUUUAUCAGCUGUUUGUUAUGAGACACACAAACAUCACAAAGUCUGAUGACAAAAUAAGUCACAUGAUGUUUCCCUUCAACAAAAUCUGCCACCGUGUUCCUGAAACAGGAAGUGAUGUCACAAUUCUCACUUGCAUCUCGAUGUCGUUGGUGGACCUCGGAAAGCGUCUGCUGGAGGCGGCUCGGAAAGGUCAGGACGAUGAGGUCAGAAACCUGAUGGCCAACGGAGCGCCGUUCACUACCGACUGGUUAGGGACGUCCCCCCUCCACCUGGCCGCUCAGCACGGUCAUUACUCCACCGCCGACGUCCUGCUCCGAGCCGGCGUCAGCAGGGACGCCCGCACCAAGGUGGACAGGACGCCGCUGCACAUGGCCGCCGCAGAGGGACACACCAUCAUCGUGGAGCUGCUGGUCCGAAGCGGCGCAGACAUCAACGCCAAGGACAUGCUGAAGAUGACGGCGCUGCACUGGGCGGCUCAGCACGGACACCACGGCGUGGCCGAGACGCUCAUCAAGCACGGAGCCGACGUGCACUCGCUCAGCAAGUUCGACAAGACGCCGUUCGACAUCGCUGUCGACAUCCAGAACACGGAUCUGAUGCUGCAGCUGCAGGAGGGCAUGCAGAACCAGGUGAACAUGAACCAGGGGGGCGUGGUCAACCUGGCAGAGCUGCUCAACAAGGCCAAUGCAGGAGAUUCAGAGGAGGCGAUGGCGGCCAGCGCUCUGGACUCGAACAUCCAACACGCCACGGUGGUCAACGAGGCCGGUCAGAGGGUCAUCACCAUCGUCACGGACCAGCAUGGAAACCUGCAGACCACUGGAGGGAUGUCUCAACCGUUCUUCGUGACCAUGCAGCACGGACAACAGAUGCUGGCGGUGCCGGCCAACGCAGUGACGGAGGAGGUGGUGACGGAGGAGCCGCACCCCCCACCCACCCGGAAGAGGAAGCUGGAGGUGACCAACAACCACAACGACUCCGGAGAGACGGAGUUAUUGCAGAGGCAGCUGCUGGAGGCCAACAGGAAGGCGCAGGAAUACCGACAGCAGCUGAUGCAUAAAGAGCAGGAGGCCGAGGAGUAUCGCAUCAAACUGGAGGCCAUGUCCCAGAGUCAGGCCAACAGGAUGAACACCGUCACCCUGACCGCCGACGGCGCCGCCAACGCUGCCGCCAGCCCGGAGGAGGUGGUGGGAGGAGAGGAGGACGAAGAGGAGGGAGCUGCCAGCAUGGUGGAGGAGGAGGGCGAGAUGGUGGUGCUGCCGGAUGGAGGCAUCAUCAUGGAGGGGGAGGAGGGUCAGGUGACGCUUGUGGAGGCGGGGGGUGAAUCAACGGAGGUCAGCUCCUAACAGAGAAGGUCGGGGGGGGGGGGGGGGAGUGAUGCCAACAAAGAGACGCAUCAUAAGAGCAGAGGGUCAGUUUGACUCACAAGUUUGAUUCCCAUUGAACAGAGUGAUGGAGGAGCUGAGUCGGAUGAUUUUAACUGCGCGCCAUUUUGAAUCCCCAACAGAAGAGACAAAAUGGUUUCUUAACAAACAGUCGUAGGAGAAGGUGGAGCCAGAACUCCUUCAGCCGGGUUUCAGCCGUGCAGCGUUUUGAUGAUGUUCUGGGUUGAAGAAGCAAAACAGCUUCUGUAAGAAAACAACAAUAAACAGAAAACUGACAACAUGAGCACAAUGGUGGAAUUUAGUUGUGCACCAUUUUGAUUCCCCCGAAAAUUGAUUCAAAGGAUUGAUGAACAAAAUGGCUGCUACAGAAAGUGGGACUGAAAACUGAAACUGGCAGGAUUUCAGUCGUGCACCACUUUGACCUGUCCUUCAGAGAGCGAGUCAAAAUGUCUCCCCGAAGAACUCCCACAGCAGGAAAAGAUAAACUUCAUAAAACCUAAAUCAACACGAGAAGGAGCUCAGACCGGCGCCAUUUUGAAUCCUUGAAAGAUUUGAUACGAACACGAGAGCAGAAAAAUGGCUUCAACCAGAAGAAGAGGAAAGUGAAAACAGAAACCUGAUGUCCAGUUGGACUCAUGUUCCCAGUAACUGUGAGCCCAGAAGCUGGAAUAAAGAAACCAGUGAUCGUGUUCAGGAGGAGCUGGGAACCCAAGUCGGAAGUGGACACGCCCCCUCUGUUGGAUCAAUUCCCAGUCGGACUCGGAGUCACUGUGAGGACUAAACCUGGUUUGUAAACGGAUGGCUCCUCCCACUGGAGCCAUUUGUGUCCCAUCUUAUUCCGUCAUAUUCAGUUUAACUGGUGACACAAACCAGCCCAGCUGUUCGUCUGACGCCUUUGACCUGGGACCAGUUGCUCCUUUUUAAAACCCAGUUACUCGAACUCUCCACCGGUUUCACCAUCUUGCUUCCUCAGAAGAAACAAGGCAACAGCAGAAGACUUUCGUUUGGACUAAUCAACUUCCUGUUUGUUUCCCAUGUUCUGGUGUUUUUAUACUUUCUGUCUCUGGACGUUUCUCAGAUGUGACUUCAUGUGUAAAAACAACGCAACUUGUACGAUUUCCUGUUGCUAAGCUCGUGUUCGUUUUUCAUCACUCGUUGACUUUAGUUUGAAAAUAGAAAAAACCCGAAACUGAAGCAGAUUCUUCAUGAAACCUUCAAUUAUUCAUUCGUUGUGAUUUUUUUUCUUCUCUCGUUUGCAUCAUGACGCCGUCGCAGCUCGCCUGCCGACCCAGCGCCACCAUUAUUAAUGAACUGGUAAAAUGUUCACGUCAGCAUUUGUCACAGUUGAACGUCUUCAUGAGUCAAAACCUUCAUAGAAAAUCUGAAAGUUCAAAUGUUCGUGAGACGUUCAUCGUUAACGUGUGAAAACCAACUCAGGUCCUGUGGAUCAGUUCGUGAUUGUUUCAGCUGUGUUCGGUUCAAUCAGUUUUUAAUGACCAACUUUUUCAGUAUUGUUCAUUAUAACCACUUGUGUUUCUGUGACUUUCAUAAAACAGGAUCAUAUCGACGGGUGUAAUCUCUCGUCUGUUCUCAUGAAGAUGAUCAGUCAUCACAGGAAACACGAGUCGUCUUCAGACUCCAGAGAAACGUCCAAACUCAAAAAGUUGCUGGAAAUAUUCUGAAUUAAUGUGUUUAUCAUCUUAAUUAAUAACUUUGAGUCUUAAUAAUAAUAAAGUCUAAAUUCGGAUGAAACCAAAUAUACAGUUAAUCUUGGAAACUUCAGCUUUUAAUGAAAAAUAUUCAUAUUUUGGAAUAACUAUUAUGACUAAAGGAAAUUGAUCACAAAAAUAUUUGCUGUGGAUGACUAAAAGGAUAAUCAACUAAACAUAAGAGUCUUGCCAAAAUGCCUUAAACAGAUAAUAUCAUUUGUUUUAAACCUAAAAAUAUUCAGUUUACUUUCCAACAAGGCAAAGAGAUGUGGAGCUACUGGUGAGAAGUCACUGGGUCCCACAGGAAGACGACCUCACUGGGCCGAGCUCUGACGUGAAUAAGCUUCUGAGUGGAUCUGAGGAAAUAUGAAUUAAACGUGACCGUGUACCAACUAACACGACUCAGCUGUACGUCCACUAAUUAGAAUUUUCUCUGAAUCAGCAUAAAAACACGCGUGUGAACCGACGAGUGGACAUACAUGUGGAGUGUCUGAAGUCUCGGCUGUUCUGUUCUCCCUGGCUCCCUCCCCCUGUAAUCGAUCAGGAUGCCUCCCUGUCGGCUGGUUCUCAUGUUGGUGCGCCUCGUCCUCCCAUCACUGAUUCAUUUGAGUUGUUUUUAUAAGCUCAACCUUUUUCUAUGUACAUAAAAAGUUGUAUUUUUUUAACUGUACCUGAAUGAUGAUGGAUGACGGCUGCCUGCCCAGGUUGAAGUACUCAGAAAUAUAAAUACUUGUUUUUUGAAUAACAUCUUUUCUGUUGUGUGUUUGACGCAGUGACACCUGAACGCUGCACGAGGUGUUCAGGGCCCAAUACUUCUCCCUGGUCAUAAUCAACAUGGCACAUUUAUAAACCUGUUCAGUUUUUUAACUUCUUAAAA